GAUCAUCGCGAGUGCAAACACCAGCAGCGGCCGACGGAAUGAAACCCACCGGGCAGCUGCCCUGAGCCAGGUGCCAUCUGGGGGUGUGCCUUCGGGUCUGGUCGGGAGGUGCAGUGAAUGCAGGUCCCGCCCGGAUGUGGCUGGGCAGCUGGUUGCCCGACACGGACAGAGCUCUGCUUUCCACUCCACCACCCACGGCCCACCAGCCUCAACUCUCUCGUAACAGGUCACCACGACGCCCACGACGCCAGCACAGCGCCAUGGCUCCCUCCCGUCGCGACAACCCGUGGUGGUCCCCGUUCCGCCUGCGCACCCCCGCCCGUCCUACCCCAGAGGGUCGUGUCAAUCUCAGAGAUGCCCUGGACUUGCUCAACCACUUCAUUCAGCAUGCGCGCGACAAGGACAUGCCGUUCCAGGAGUGCUUGUUAUGCUCUAGCGUCAUGUCUGCACUCUUGCGUGCUGUCAACAUAGCCAGGCUCCCCGAACCACUGAGGCGCUCUGGCAGCGGGCCCUUCGAGCAUCAUUCCGAACCACACCCUCUCUUCGACCCUAGUCGUGACUACCACGCUGGUUACGACACUAGCCACGGCCAUCCCGCCAGCGCUGCCCCGGCACUUGAAGGUCAUGCUCCUCGACUGCCUUCACAACAACCCGAGGUUCAUCUGCGCGGUGGUUCUGGCGGCACAGAGAGCAAGCAACCCUUUGGCUCGGCAUACGGCGGCAGGCAACCCUUUGGCUCGGCAUACAAUCAGCAGGGCAGCAUUGGUAGCUCGAGUGCCGACGCCGCUGGGCGCCGCGAACGCGUGCUGCAUGUUGAGGAUGUUGGCGCUGGUUUCUCCCUGCGGCGAUCAGCGACCGGCAGGGUGUCGGAAUACGGCCCGGCGACGUCCAUGCCUAGCCCACGCCUCGGUCAUGCGUUCUGCUAGACCCCCUCUCGUUUGUUGCUCUGGGACUUGCAGUCCAGGGCUUGUCAAUGCGUUGCUUCACCUGCAGCGACAUCUUCAUGUGCAUAUUUUAGCGUCGGUAUGGAGGCGGAGUUAUGGGUUUAUGGCAAUUUUGGAAGACGGGAGGACGGGACAUUGCAUGGCGUAAUACGUUCAAUAAUUCAGGGGUUUAUGGGUGUAUGAGCUCACACGCUCAUGAGUUCAAGGGUCCAUGGGGUUCACGCCGUUCAUGGAGUCCAUGGGUAUUUGGCUCAUAGGUUCAUAGUUGCAUAGGUGCAUGAGCUCGCAGUGGUCGACGGAGCAUUUCCUUGUUCUCCUUUCCGAUUUUGUAAGCGUCAACAUUUGCCGUGAUAUUCGGCGCUUUCUUGAAGCUUGAAAUGGCCAGUUAUUAGUGAAGCCAUCAAGCUAUAUAAAACCGUCUUCUCCAUCUCAAGAUU